GUCUUUUCUUAGGGAUUGGUAUAACAUAAGAAGUGCGUGAUUAAUUUGGCACUUCUGCUCUCAUGAGACUGAAGUUACAUAUGAACUGAAGAGGUUCGGCUAUGACAUGCGCAAUUGAUUUCAUGAAUUUCAAUGGUAGGCCAUCAGGAGAAUACGCGACGCAGGCUGACUGUAAUCUACAGGAUCACUUUCUUGGUAUGAGUUUUCGAAAACAUCUGCAAAUAGCUCUGCUAUUUCAAAAUCGUCAGUACUACAGCCCCAUCGUUCGAUAAGAUUGUAGUGAUUUUCUUUUUGUCUUUGAGUGUGGAACUGAGUAGCAUAAAGAACAGAGACUUUCUGCUAGGGGCAACAGUAUUUUUUUCUACAGAAG